CCAACAGAGAUAGUAGGAACUGCAGAUGCUGGAGAAUCCGAGACAACAAGGUGCAGGGCUGGAUGAACACAGCAGGCCAAGCAGCAUCAUAGGAGCAGAGAUGAUUUACUACCUCGCGAAGAGGCGGAGUAGUUAAAGGGUCCGCACCUCGCGCCGCCGAGUCACAAACAAGGAGGCGGGUUUCGCCCCUUAAUGAAUAGGAGGCGGCGCAGGCUCCAACCUUCUCCUGGAGGAAAGAGAGAAACAAACUGCCUGCCUCGCGCCCCGCACUUUUCAAGCCUGAGCUUACUAUUUCCCCACCCCCCACGUUUCCCAGCUGGAGCUCGAGCUCGCCGCGGGGGUCCACGCUAGCCCAGAGCGGCGGCUCGUGCUCACCAACCCCACCCCCUGCAACGUUCCCAUUGGACCAAUGCGACGGACUGCUCGCGCCAAGCGCGGGAAGGGGCGCGAGGUUCGGUCGUCCGUUCGGCGCGUGUGCGCGACCUGGCGAAGCUGUCAACGGUCCCCGGCCGUCAGUCAGUCAGUGAAGGGGCAAAACCAGAGAGGGUCAGGGGGAAGCAGGCGGCAGAUGGGCGACUCCGGCGUCGAACCCCAAACUACUCGUGAACCACGCCUGACCCCUCUUCCGUGCUUGAGAAAACGCUCUUCUUUCCAACUGAGGGAAAACAUAUCUGGGGAUCUAUGGAGCCUAAAACUAUUUUGAAAAGUGUGAAUCGUUACUACAAUGGUAUUGAUGCUAACAGCAGAACAACAGAUGUAUUUAGUGAUGCAUUGGUCAACUGCAAUUCAUUCUUCAGUCCUUAUAAAGCACAGGUACCUCAAUAUGAAGAAAAUAUAGAUUCACAUCAGUCCUAUACUGCAUCAGUGUCAACCACUGCUGAUUCUUCCUUGUUCUAUGUUCCUUGGUCAACAUCUGGAGAUGAUUAUAAGCAACUUGCUGGGUCUCAAAACAACCCUAACCGGUCUCAGACUGAACUGAGUGAUUUUGGGAGUGCUGCAGACCUGUAUGGACUUGUUUCCAAUAUUUUAGAAGAACCUGAGCAAUCGCAAUCCUUGUUUGUUGAAGGAAAUACCUCCUCUAAUUUGCUAAGAUCAAUAUGGUCUUCCACAACCAGCAGAUAUACAGAACAUCUAGAUCACACAUCUGAGUCUAAGAAACCUGUGGAUACAUCAUAUUCACAAUCCGUUUUUAAUGCGAAAGAAUCCAUAGCAACCUCUGACAAACAACAGUACCAGCAGGAUAGUCAUUUAGCCUCACAGCAGAAAAUAAAUAUGGAAGAUUUCUUAGGAUUUGAUGACUUGGAUCUUACAGAGCAAUGGAUCUUUCCUUCAAAGAAAGAAGCUGCUGACUGCAGUCCUUUUCAGUCCACGGAUACCAACAAGAUGAACUUUCAGGAGUUUCCUUAUGUGAAGAAUUGUUCUAAACUUCAAGUAGGAUUAUCAGUAUCAGUUAGAGAACCAGGAACAGAUGUACACAUGUAUGGCAGAGAUGGAGGAGAUUUUAAAGAAGUCGGUACUCCAUCCAGUCAGACGUCCACAGAAUUGUUUCCUUUUCUGCAUAAUUCCAGAAACUCCUACAACAGUAAUGCUGGCAAUAGAUAUAUGGAGCAACUACAUGGCAGUAAAUUCAGACAGAGCAAAUUUGUGAAUUUUAACAUAGCAGAUGGAAAGACCUCUUCUGAUUGUAUGCCAGAAUUACCAGUGAUAGAAAUGGAUACCUGCAGUAGAGUGUCAAAAGGGAAGCAAGCACAAAAGGGGUUUGAUGAAUUAAACAUUGACCAACAUACUUUAAAAUACUGUGUAAAAUCAUCGUCUGGUUUGAGUGAAAAACAGCUUUCAAAAGAAAUGGGAUUAACUAGUGAUUUGGGGCAAAAGUGUGCAUCUGAAUGUGGAAGAAAUCCACAUACGUUUUGCCCGAUUAGAAGUGACUUUGAGAAGGCCUUUGAAAAGCAACAACAUUCCAAUUAUGAUCAUUUCUCUCAGCAGUCUGAUUAUGUUCAGCCAUUAAAUGCUUUACCUGUAUCUGUGUAUUCUGGAGAGACUUACCAAAACAGACAAUCCUGGACGAAAUUAACUACUUCUGGUUCUGAAACUGCUACCACUACUUCCUUUGGGAAAGCAGACAACUCAACAGACCUCAAUAAUCAAGUAUCUCCUGCCUCUAAAACGUCAUCCCAUUCUUUUUGUCCAUCUUCUCAUCAGUCUUCCUUGCCUUUUUCUCAAAACAGUAGUGCUUACUUCCAGAGACCCACAGGAAUUUAUAGUCAGGAUAACCAUUCCAAGGUGUCUGGUAGUGAAUUUGCAUAUAAUGUGGAACGGGUUCAGUCAGGUACGCAUGUUGAAGGGCAAAACAAAGCUGGAGAUGUGUACUUCGAAUCACCCAUUGAGAAGAAUUGUCAAAAUGGAAAACAAGUAAAUGGAUUCCAUGGGAGUUCAUCAACUCAGCAAUAUGUUGCAAACAAAUAUCCUAGUUACCAAACUAAACAGCAAAAUUGCCAUUAUGAUCUGAAUGAAGAUGUGAAAAAAAAGGAUGAUGAAUUCUCCCAGAGCAUGUACAGAGAUUUGCUAGGUGCUCAGUCUUACUAUUACAAUAGUCACAAUUCCCAACAAGGAGCUGGAGACAGCAACAGUGUAGCAAAUUAUAUGACUCGUUCGUCAGCUUCUUUUUCAAGUCCCUACAUGAUGGGUGACUUUAGACGGAACCAUAAUAUGUCACAACUUGGUGCACGUGGUGUUGCUUCGGGAACUAACCUUCAGUUUGGGCACCCUGUUGUUUCAUUAAUGGAUCCCAGUGAAUUAUUUCCUUAUGAGGAGUUCAGUCACUUGUAUCCCCUUUUCAAUGAUAUGUUUUAUGGAGAUGCAUCCCUUUAUGGAUUUAUACCACCAUUUGGAUUUCCAAGACCUAUGAAAAAUCGAAGUGGUCCAGCCAAUGAGCUUCACAUCCGAUUGGAGGAGUGCUAUGAACAAUGGAGAGCUUUGGAAAAAGAAAGGAAAAAGACUGAAGCAGCACUUGCCAGGAACUACCCAGGAAAGAGAGUGACCAGUUCAAAUAAUACACCCAUUCCCAGGCUACCAUCAAACCCUUCCCGGGUUGAUCGUUUGAUUGUUGAUCAACUGCGUGAACAAGCAAGAGUUGUGACAUUACUUGGAAAAAUGGAACGCCUUCGCAGUUCGCCUCUUCAUGCAAAUAUUUCUACAGCUCUUGAUCGACAUCUGGAAGCCAUCCACAUUACUCAAGCACGUAGGAAAGAUGAAAUAGUAAAUGCAGCUAAUCGACAAAGGCAGGGAGCACCAAGGUACCAGGAUGACCGAGAUGUUCUUGCUUUGGCUAUCGCAGUUAAAGAAAUGGCAGUAGCUACACGGAAAGCCCGGACUGCCUUGUGGUGUGCCCUCCAGAUGACUUUACCUAAAACACCAAACGCCAAUCCAGAUGACCAAGUAGAAGUAGAAAGAGAACUACAGGAUCUAGUAACUAAUGGAGACAAAAACUAUCAAAACAGAAGCAACUACUAUAGUGGGGAAAAAAAUGAAGUGGUGAAAACACGUGUUGAUUAA